AUGUCCGGCAGCUACUCCUCGCGCAUCCACGGCGGCGGCCCCGGUGGAAGUUUAGGAGCGACGACGCUACUGGCAGCGAAGGUGGCGUUCGCGUCCGCCGCGCUGGCCGCGGCCGCGUCCCUGGCGCGCGUGGCGAUCCCGCAGCUCGUGUCCGGCGCCGGCGCCGACGCCUUCAUCUGGAAGCUCUACCUCUUCGUCACCGUCCACGUGAUCAUCUUCGUCAUCUGGAAGCUCUCAGACAGCAAGCACUUCCACGCGGCCGCGCAGCAGCACAAGGACCCGUGGGCGCCGGUGCCUCACCACCCCGCGCCCCCGCUGCUGACCGAAGAUGUGGCACGGCCCGCCAUGGAGCGCAAGGUGGAGUUCGAGUCCGCCGACAAUGCUGUCCGGGGCGGCGAAGAGUACCGCGUGCCGCAGUUGGUCUCGCGGCGGCAGGAGGCCGUCUCUCCGGUGGAGCAGGGGGUCGUCUCCCCUGGUUCUUGCGGCGGCGAGUCGUGCGUCACGACCACCACGGAGUCCGAUGAGGACGAGUCCUACGCCGCCGUCACCUCGUCGGCCUACGUCGCUGCCGCCAGCACUACUCAGAGCGUGGCACCGGCGCGGGAGCGCGUAUUCGUUCAGCGUGGGCUCUCGCUGCCCCCACCCCCGCCCAUGGUGGCCACGGCCGAGUACUUCGACGACGCCGACCCCGACCACGCCAACGGCGACGACGACCUUGACGCGACGUGGAACGCCAUCAUGCAGAAGACCCGUCCUGCCAUGGCACCGGCGUUAUCCUCGUCCCCAAACGCGCCACGCUCAUCGCCUCCGCGGCCGAGGGCCCGCGAGCCGUCGGUCGGCGCGGCGGAGCUGAGCAGGCGGUCGGAUGAUUUCAUCAACAAGAUCCACCACUCCUUCGGCCGGGAUCAAUAAUUCACACCCACCGGCCUCCUCCGAUCCAAACCGCGAUCCGAUCGAAAUUUUUCUUGCUGAUCUGCAUUGGCGCGCGGCCAUGUCAGCUGAGUUCGUCAGGCGACCCAGCAGAGCGUCAGCGUCGGCAUCGAUUUCGGCUGUGCGCACCGUUCUGCACCUCGCCUCAUGACGCAGCUGCUCCGCGCGUCCACAAGCUGCGCCUUCCUCGACCUCCUCGUUGUGAUCUGCAUAUGACACCUGCGUAUGCAUCUGCACAAAGUACAGAGCAUUCUCUGAAAUUCCCAUCUUCCAUUAACUUCAGUGUAUAUUUCCAGGCGUCCUUGUGGACGAAUGGUUUAAGAAGAAUCUGUAAUAUCUGAAGCUCCAUUUUGGGUGUUGAGUUUCCUGGUUUAACGCUGAACUGAAUGA